AUGCACGCGCUGCGCUGCGCGCAGGCGGCGGCGGAGUCGGGCGGCGGAGGCCGUGGCCGUGGCCGGAGGCGCGUGUCGGAUCAGACGCAGGACGGAAGGUGGGGCGGGCUCGUGCUCUUGAUCCAGCUGCUGCUGCGGCUGAGGAGAGGCCGGACGGCCUUCUUCAAGGUGCAGGCGCACAAGGGGAACCGGUCGAACGAGAUCGCAGACGCGCUCGCCCAGAAGGGGGCCGGCGGCGACGGCUCGCCUCUCCCGCUCCCCGCCUUCAGCGGCGGCAGCCGACGACACAGUGAGGCCGCGUGUGAAGAAGGCGCCGCUCAACGCUUGGCUGUGAACAGGCGGCCCUCCUUCCGCAGUGAGGCGGAGGCUCGCCGCGUGCCGGCGGAGGAGGUGGUCUACUUUUCGUACUGCCGGCCGCCUUGCGCUGUGACCGACUACCGAACGCGCUGGUCGGGCGUGACUGCGCCGAUGCUCGCCACCGCGCCGCCCUUCGAGGCGGUGUCGAGGGAGGUCUCCGCCUUGCUCAAGGGCAAGCACGACUUUGCGGCCCUCGGGUUUGGGCACCCGCGCAGGCUGGUGCGCGACACGGCGCGGGGGCUGCCCUCGCUGCUCGGCACCCGGGCCGGCCGGCCGCGCAAGUUGCGCCACCUCGCCGCCGAGUUUCUGCAGUGGCGGAUCCAAGAGGGAUGCCACUCGCCGGAGGAGGACGCGGCGGCGGCGAUGCGCCUCUACCGCCGCUUCCGGCCCCAGUUCGAGCUGGCGGUGGCGCGAGCGGAGGAGAGGCGCGAGGAGGCGCGCCGCAGGCGCGCUGCAGCGGCGGAGGCGGGCGACGACGGCGAGGGCGCCGAGUGGGGGGAGAGCGACCAGGUCGGGCCGCGCCCUUUUGUAGUCUCGGUCGAUAUUUCUAUUUUUCUCGGCAUAAGCAAGAGCCACACUCCGGUGUGCGGUGUGCCACACAUAAAAUUUUAA